GACUGGAUUUGUUUUAACUUGGUAGAACAUUAUCACGCAACAUCUGGGCAAAAGGAACUUAAAAAAGUAAUAGAUUAUAUAAAGAAGGACCUCCAGAAAGUGGCAGAUUUUGAUUCUGAAUUUGAAAUCCUUGACGAUUGGAAG